AUGAUUAUAGACCUCGCCUUGAUGGGCGUCAUGGCCCCAGCCAUGAUGGGCACAAACCAAGAUUCCAAGAGUGCUGAAGGUCGUCGACAACAAGCGAAGCGGCAACGAGAACAGCUCCAUAAUGCACAAUUCUACCUCGAACAAGACGGGAAGGUAUUUAACCAAGCACCUCCUAAGUAG